UUGCAAAAUCUCCACCCAAUCGCCUUCGCUAGCAGAAAACUCAUCAAAGCUGAAAGAAACUACGCACUAAUAGAGAUUGAAGCAGUAGGACUGAUCUUUGCACUUACACAAUUCCGCACCUAUGUAUUAGGAACACAUACCACCUGCAUCACGGAUCAUCGCCGGCUUACUAACAUACUCACACUUAGAGACUUAUUCGGACGCUUAGCCAAGUUUCAACUCGCAAUCCAAAAGUUAGACAUAGAAAUACGCUACAGAGAAGGACGGUUAAAUGAUGGUUGUGAUGCACUAUCCAGAUAUAUAGGACAAGAAGCCAACGAUCCCAAACCAGAACGAAAGAAGAAAGCAGUACUGGAAAACAUCAAUUUUGUCACGCUGAAUGCAAUCAAGGAAAUUCAACAUCAGAGUCUAUUGUCGCCGCUGCGUCUCAUGGAAUAG